AUGACGAAUACUGUGACAAUGAAUAAUAAUAAUACGAAUAAUAAUGCUACGGAUGAAAAUCGAAAAAAGCGCAAAGUUAAAAGAGUUAGCAUCGAAUUAGGUGAUUUGACUCAACACAAUCUAAAACAAUUGAAAGUUCUCAAUCGCGAUGUAUUUCCUGUUGCUUAUAACGAGAAAUUCUACAAAGAUCUUCUAGGUGCUGGUGAAUUAUGCAAAUUAGCAUAUUGUAAUGAUAUCGUCGUUGGCGCUGUUUGUUGUCGGAUUGAUCUAUCAGAAAAUCGCAGGCGAUUAUACAUAAUGACAUUAGGUGUCUUAGCUAAAUAUCGUGAACUUGGCUUAGGUACAUUAAUGCUCGAACAUGUGUUCAAAAUUUGUGAACGCGAAGGAAAUAUUGACAGUAUUUAUUUACAUGUUCAAAUCAACAAUGAAACUGCUUUGGCAUUUUAUAAGAAAUUUGGCUUUCAAGUCAUUUCAACAGCAACGGAAUACUAUCGCCGUUUGGAACCAUGCGAUGCUUAUUUACUUGAACGUGCUUUGAAAAAAUCAGCUGCUAACGAACAAACAGCAGCAGCAACGGCUGUUCAACAAAGUGCGAAAAAAGUUCCUGCCGUGCCAUUGUCAACAAUAACCGAUGUCGAUUAA